AAGAGAUGCAAAGCGACUCGAACCGAUCUUUUUCGACAGAUUUUUCUCACCCCCCGGAAUCCCAAACAAAGCUAUUCCCUCUCAAAAGAAGUGGUUAAUUAGGGUUUUGUUCCUCUCUAGGAUUUCAAAUCCUCCGCUUCCAGCAGAUUCUUGUUCUUCUAUCCUCAAUUAGGGCUGCGGAUAGUACUUUCUUGUUUGGUAUUUAAUUAGUAAGGUAUAAGAAGAUGUAUGCUGAUCGAGUGGAGGCUGAAGGCAAGAGGUCAGUACAAGAUCGGCUGAACGGGACCUCCAUUGGUGAUGCUCGGCGCCGACAUGUCAGUGUCACUGGAAAGAGGCAGAGGCAAGAUGACAAGUGGGAACAUGAUCUUUAUAAUGAUGACGGGCCCCAUAUUUCAAAUCACACGGUUGGGGCUCGAGAUCUCCGUUUAAAGCUCCAAAGGAAAAGUCUUCAACAAGCUUCUCAAAGUGGGCCUCAUUCAGGUGUUAGGGAUCUACGUGAAAAGCUCUCUGGCCCAAUUAAUACACAACCAGUGUACACUGAUCCCUCAAAGCCAAAACUGGAAGUUUCUAGACCAGCCAGGAAAAGUGUAGCUGUUGAAGCCCCUGCACCAGAGGCCAAAAAGGCCACAAACCCCGCUUCUCGAAAAAAAGCUCCACAAAAGGCCGGUACAUUAGUGGAUGAAUUUCUGCACUCUUUGGGUCUAGAAAAGUAUCUCAUUACUUUUCAAGCAGAGGAAGUUGAUAUGACUGCUCUAUUGCACAUGACUGACGACGACCUCAAGGCUUUAGGAAUACCGAUGGGUCCAAGAAAGAAGAUACUGUUAGCAUUGGAAUCAAGAGCCUGACAUAUGGGAUGGGAGCAAGCAGGUUGUUUGCCGGAUCUAUUCGUGCAUCAGGCACACUUGCAUGUCAACAGGCUGGAUGUGAACUCUUCUAUUCUUCUUUUUUAGUGUUUUUUUUUUUUUUUGUACUCCUUCAGCAGAGGUAGAAUCUCUAAUGUAAUGAAUUUACUGGUUUAUUUGAUGAAGCUAUUUUGUUUU